AUGGCCCAACUUGCUGUUAUUACCCAUAAUGCCAUAAAGGAUAUGGGAGUUUUUUUUGAUUGUUAUAUACCAGUGCAAAAGAAUAUUUCAACAGUGUAUCCUGCUGAUAAAUUGUCUGAUUUGAAUGGUUUUGAUGCUGGACUUGUUAAUUUUUGGUCAUUCAUGUUACAAAAUUAUUCUUUAAAUAUGGUAACAAUUAUACUCCCUUUCACAGUUUUACUUUUAAACUAUGUUUUUGUUUGUGGAUUCAUGUGGUUCAUUGAACAAUGUGACUUUUCAUUCUUGAGGAAAUACAAGAUUCAACCUAAAAAGUAUAAUAGUGGAUCUAAAAUUUUUUGGGCCACUCUUUAUUUACUUUACACUUACUUUGUUAUUAUCCUACCAAUGUAUACUGCUGCAUUCUAUAUUUUGAGUCAAGUGGAUUACUUUAGUUUGGAAGUUUUUGAUGUUCCAAACUGGAAAACUUUGGUAUGGCAAAUUGCUGUGUGUUUAUUCUUUGAAGAUUUUGGUCACUAUUGGUUGCAUCGUUGGAUGCAUACUCCUUGGGCUUAUAAGGUUAUUCACAGAAGACAUCACGAAUUUGAUGCUCCAAGCUCACUUUCCACCAGUUAUGCCCAUCCAGUUGAAAUUGUAAUUCAAGGUAUUGCUACAUUCUUGGGACCAAUCAUUCUCAGACCACACAUUUUAACUCUUUUCAUUUGGGUCAACGUUAGACAGCUUGCUGCUUGUGAAACUCACUCUGGUUAUGAUUUCCCAUUCUCUCCAAAUAAUAUCCUCCCAUUCUUUGGAGGUGCUGAUUUGCAUGAUUUCCAUCACAGAACUUAUAAUGGCGCUUACAGUUCGAACUUUGUUUGGUGGGAUGUUUUGUGUGGAACUGAUAAUGGUUAUUUUGAAUGGAAGAAGAAACAACAAUCAAAAAGAGAAAAAGACACUUCUGACGAGAAGAAGGACAACUAA